AUGGUUUGUCACAAACAUGUUCAAGUUACAUUGGUCAUUGAUUUAGCAUCAAGUGACAAGCAUAAAUAUAAAUUCAAGGGAAAACAUAUAAAGUAUAAAUCAAAUGGUUACCGUCGAUCCUCCGGUGUAUCAAUGAUUGGAAACUAUUACCUGAUAAGUUCAAGCAUAUUAGCCUCUAUUACUGUAUACCACCGACUAGCAGUUUGCCGAUAA